UUUCAAGCGAAUGGUUCCGUCCAGGAAGCUCUGUUCUGUGUUGUGUUUAGGGAAGUGAUUAAUUCUCUGCACCAUCUUCAACUAACUUCUGAUUCCUAUUCAUGAAUCCUGUUAUCUGAGGCCAUUUCUCCUUUAACUAAUGCAGUCGCUCUUUAACCCCCCACAGCCAGGCUGAGUUUUGAAUGAAUGAACGAGUGAGACUGUUUUCCUCGAUAAAAGCAGCUCUCGUUGUUCUUUUGCUCUUUAACCUCAAAACAUUCAGCUGACAUGUGGGAAUGGCAGAUUUUGAGUGUCACUGCCUUUAUCUCUUUAGUUCUUUUUCUCAUUGCGGUAUGUUACAUUUUAUACUCUGGAUUGAUCACUAAAAUCCACAUCAGGACUGGUUUACCCCCGGUCAGGAGCAUUACUAUAGCAUAUAAAUACAAAUGUGGACCUUAUAAAGACUGUGGGUCACUGUUCAGAGAGAGCUGCAGCAUUGGACCCAAGCUGUCAUGCAUUGGGAUAUUUUAUGAUGAUCCAAAGAAGAUUCCAGCACAGAAGUGUCGCUAUGCAGUGGGUAGUAUUUUGAGUGAAGGCGAGGACAGACCCAACGAGGAACAGCAGCAGCUGUAUGUGAAGAACGGCUUCGGGGUUUUUUCUUUCCCAGAGGUCACACAUGUUGUCACAGCAUCCUUCCCCCACCGAACCCCUCUCUCUAUUUUCCUUGGGGUGCAGAGAGUCUAUCCACAGCUGAACUGCUACAUCAAGCGUCAGUGUGAACGCAGCCAACAGGCUCAGCCUCCUGCCUCCUUCAGCCUCAAGAUCUGUCUGCUCAGCUGCGAGCGCAGUUCCGUGAGCUCCCUGCCCCCCUCAGAAAGCCGGGACACCUCACCUGCCCCGUCCACCACGCAGACGCACUCACAUGGAGAUGGAGAUCAACACUGGGACUUUGACCAUGUGGACAGAAGCGACACCUCCAGCGUUUCUUCCUUCGAGGAGCUGGAUCUCGACUCAGAGAGGACGGACAGGUGUGACCACACCCCUCUACCAAUCACAGGAGGCGGCAAAAACAGCCCGCAGGGCCAAGACAGAGAGAUGAUGGAUGAGGAAGAGUGA